AUGAGAUUGAAAUACAAAGUCCCAUUCAGACUGCAUACUGACCUUAAAUACAUUCUAAGGUGGACUGAAGGUUUUUCACAAUACGAUCAACAAAUGUACAAGAGUGGUCAAGAGACAUUCAUACAAAAUAAUUGUAGUUACAUCAACUGCUAUAUGACGACCGACAAAAGUUUGCUCGGCGAUCCGAGAAAUUUCGACGCGAUCCUCUUCGACGUGGAAAACAAUUGGGACGAACAUCCCACAUUGAGAAGAUCGGAGCAAAAUUUUAUAUUCAUGGCUUCAGAGUCGGCUAGCAACUUCCCUGUUUGCCAUCCGUACUUUGAUUCCUUUUAUAACUGGACGUGGAGCUAUAAACUGGAUUCGAAUAUUUUAAAAACAUUCUUAUAUAUUUUUGACAAAAACGGUAGACCAGUUGGACCCAAAAUAGCCAUGAAGUGGAUUGAUCCAAUGAAACCAACAUCCAAUGACGUCAAACUGAGACUUAACGGCAAAAAUAAAGCAGUAGCUUGGUUCGUGUCCAACUGUCGAACCAAGAGUCGUCGAGAAUAUCUUGCAAAUAAUUUGACCAGAGAAUUGAAGAAACACGACAUGAAAAUAGAUAUUUACGGUUGGUGUGGUAAACUGACCUGCCCGAAAGAUCGCAUGGACGAAUGUUUAAAUAUGUUAGAAGAAAAUUAUUAUUUCUUUUUGGUAUUUGAAAAUUCUCUAAGUGAAGACUAUGUCACAGAGAAAUUAAUGCAUGCAUUACAGCACUUUACUGUGCCGAUCGUCUAUGGCGGCGCUAAUUACUCAAGGUUCUUACCGUCAGGCUCAUACAUAAAUGCAGGUGAAAUGGAUGCGGAAACAAUUGUGGCUAAAAUUAUUGAAGCGAUAAAGAAUCCAGAUAUUUAUCAAAAUUAUUUCAGGUGGCAUAAUCACUACGUUUACAAACGCUCAUCGAAAGUUCCAGAAGUGUGUACAUUGUGCGAAAUGCUAAACAAACCAGACCAGAGUACAGUCGUAAAAGACUUCAGAAAAUGGUGGAAUCCAAAUUACCAGCAAUUGUGUGAAAAAGAUUUCAAUAGAAACGCCUAUCAAUUUAUAGGACAGUAA